GACGACGAAGAACAUACAUAAUUGGCUACAUUUGUAUGAUACUAGAAAUUAUAUGAAGACAUGAAGAUUCGUAUCGAGACCACGACAAAGUUAGGCAGAAUUUCAGAUAACCUGCGUCAACAACACAAGGGAUUCCGUGAGUGGGACUUGGUUGCAAGCAGACAAGACCACAAGACCAUAAUUCAAAUAUUAAUUGAUGGAAGAGAUCCUGAAGCCGUGGAUGUUCAAGGACAAGCCUUGCCAACCCUGGUAUACUUGGCACGUGAAAAGAGGCCUCAAUAUCACCAUAAUUUCAAAGCUGGAGCCAUGAAUGCUUUGAUAAGGGUGUCCUCAAGGAUAAGCAAUGGACCAGUAAUUCUUAAUGUUGACUGUGACAUGUAUUCAAAUAAUUCCGAAUCAAUCAGAGAUGCUCUCUGCUUUUUUCUGGAUCAAGAGAAAGGGCAUGAGAUUGCUUACGUGCAAUAUCCACAGAACUUCGAUAACAUCACUCAGAAUGAGAUCUACGGCAAUUCCCUGAGAGUAAUAAUGGAGGUAGAACUUUCGGGAUUUGAUGGCAAUGGAGGGCCUUGCUAUAUUGGAACAGGAUGCUUUCACCGGAGAGAGACACUUUGUGGGAAGAAGUACAGCAAGGAAUUCAAGGCUGAAUGGAGAUCAGAGAACGAUAGGAACAGCAAACAAAGUUCUAGUGCCCUAGAAGAAUCAUGCAAAUCUCUUGCAAGUUGUGCAUUUGAGAAGAACACAGAGUGGGGGAAGGAGAUGGGUUUGAAAUAUGGCUGUGCAGUAGAGGACAUAAUCACGGGACUGUCUAUAAAAUGCAGAGGUUGGAAAUCCGUCUACUCAUUCCACAAAGGAAGGCCUUCUUAGGCGUUGCUCCCACCACUCUUAUGCAGAACCUAAUACAACACAAGAGAUGGUCUGAAGGAGAAUUUCAGAUUUUCCUAUCUAAAUACUGCCCCUUGGUUUAUGGACAUAAAAGGAUCCCUUUGAAACUUCAACUUUCAUACGGUAUCUACAACCUAUGGGCUCCCAACAGUUUGGCUAUGCUAUACUAUGUUGUUGUGCCAUCCCUUUGCCUCCUCAAAGGCAUAGCUUUAUUUCCACAGAUAUCAAGCCCUUGGGUCCUACCAUUUCCCUGUGUGGUCCUUGCAAGCCGAGCAUACAGCCUAUGGGAAUUUCUACGCUGCGGAGGCACAUUUCAGGGGUGGUGGAAUGAGCAAAGGAUUUGGAUGUUCA